AUGCCUCUGGAACUACGGCCGAUGAGGGCUGACGACGCCUUAUCAUGGACACGCGUUCGCAGUACCGCCUACUACGGGCCUACGCAUGAGGUGCUGCACAACGGGCCGAUACGCGAGUCGUCUAUACGCGGUGCAGCCGAGGAACGAAAGGGCGAAUUACAGAAGCAGGCGGCAAACAUGUGGUACUGGAAGGUUGUCGAUACGGAUGCAGCGCCAAGUGCUGAUGACCCUACGGACAAUGGUGGGCGAACGAUAGCGAUUUCGGUGUGGAGUAUGAAUAAUGUUGAGGGAGCAGAGAAGAUGGCAGCACCAGGCUUCUCGCCGCCAGAGCUACGCUUGGAUGCGCUGGGCUCGCUACUUCAGCCACUCAGGGCGGCGCAGGAAAGCAUCAUGGGGACUGAGAAGCCGUACUUGAAGCUGAAUCAACUGGCGACACAUCCCGAGCAUCAAGGACGUGGAGCGGCAAGCAUGAUGCUGGACUGGGGACUAGGCAAGGCGGAUGAAGAGGGACUGGUGGUGUAUCUGGAUGCGACGGAGAAGGCACGACCGCUAUACGAAAGCCGAGGGUUCAGGCCGCCGACCGCAUGUCCCCGCACGCCUGAUCCAGCGGCCAUGGCACGCAGCGCGCGGAAGCGCAUCUCAUACGUCCUGCCACUUGCAAACUCGGCCGGAGGACACAGGCUCGGAGUCAAUGGCUUGGCCGUCGACCCCCAUAACGCCAUCCUCUACUCGGGCGGCCGUGAUGGCGUAAUAUGCGCCUGGGACCUGCAUCUCGACCUGCAACGCUCCCAUGACGACAACGACGACCGCGACCCUUUUGCCGAUCCCAGUCCACCCGACUUCAAGCCCCCGCCCACCCAGUUCCGCCAGCAGGUCCAGGCCCACACCCACUGGAUCAACGACAUUGUCCUCGCCCAAGACAACUCGGCCCUCGUCUCUGCCUCGUCCGACAUCACCGUCAAGGUCUGGCGCCCAGCUGCCACCGACAAGCUCCCGCCCCAGACCAUCGGCCUGCACACCGACUAUGUCAAGCGCGUCGCAUCGCCCGGUGGCAAUGAGAACUGGAUCGCCUCGGGCGGUCUUGAUCGCAAAAUCAGCCUAUGGGACCUAAAUGGCGCAGGCAAGAAGCUCGAGAUUACCGUUGGCGACGAUGAAAACACAGCAAAGGGCUCCGUAUACGCCCUUGCAGUAACACCCAACCUCGUCGCCAGCGGCGGUCCAGAAAGCAUCGUACGUGUAUGGGACUCGCGAUCCGGAAAACGCAUUACAAAGUUUGUUGGACACACGGACAAUGUGCGCGAUAUCCUCCUGGCCCAGGAUGGCGAUAUGAUCUUGACCGGCUCCUCGGACCAGACAGUCAAGGUUUGGUCCAUGACGGCCGGCCGCUGCAUGUACACACUCACCAUGCACAACGACAGCGUGUGGUCGCUCCACUCCGAUUCGCCAACUCUCGACACAUUCUACUCGUCCGACCGAUCGGGCCUCGUGGCCAAGAGCGACGUCCGCAACUGUGCCGAGAUGGAUGAGGGUCUCUCCGUGGCCGUAUGUCAAGAGCACGAGGGUGUCAACAAAAUCAUCGCAGCCGGCAACUAUAUCUGGACCGCCACAUCCAGCUCAAGCAUCAACCGCUGGCACGAUGUUGAGACCGCGGCUGAAAUUGAGCUACCGGAAUCGUACAAAUGGCACAGGAACAGCGUGUCAACGAUGCGAUCACGAAGCCCCCCAGCCAACGGCGCUACCCCCAAGAUUCCACUCAAAGCCCUGCUGCGCAUGUCUAACACGGCCCCGUUUCCUCAGGCUCUUGCCACAAAGGAUACUGAUGCAGCCACCGUAGCAAGUGGGCGGAAACCUGCAGAUGCCUUGACGGCGACCGAUCCUACGGCUGUGGGGACUGUUCGUCCGCUGCCAGAUUUUACUAUCGAAGGCCAAAACGGACUCAUCAAGCACCAUCUUCUCAACGAUCGCCGAAGAGUACUUACCCUCGACACUGCGGGAGAAGUUGUUUUGUGGGAUUUGCUAAAGUGUGUGCCCAUCAAGUCAUUUGGUAAAAAGCACAUGGAAGACGUCUUGCCCGAGGUCAACACCCAAGAUAGCGUUGCCCAUUGGUGUGCCGUCGACACAAGGAUAGGAACCUUGACAUGUAUGCUAGAGGAAAAUUACUGUUUUGAUGCAGAAACGUAUGCGGACGAACUGGAUCUAGAGGACGACAUUGAAUUCCGGGAAGACCACAGAAUAAACCUUGGAAAGUGGAUCUUGCGAUAUCUCUUUUCUAAUCUCAUCGACGAAGAAAUCAAACGUGAUGAAGUGGCGCGCGCUGAGCUGCUCAAGCAAAAGGAAGAGCAACCACAGGCCGGUCGUCCUACCAACAUUAAGCUGCCAGACAUGAGCAUCAACGGUUGGAAGGACACAAUGUCCGGGCCUACUUCAGCUUCUACCAUCAAGGCUGAAAACGGAUUUCGCUUACCCCAUACACCUGGGCUAGCCAUCGGCCUGGCAACACCAAUGACAGGACCAGGAAGUGCAGGGCGUAACUCGGCCACCGCUGUUCUGACUCCCACCAAAGAAGAGGGCGUGCAGUUGGAAAAAACACCAACGUCAGAAGGCGAUUAUUUUGGAAAUUCGGCCUCUGAAACCAACGGAAAUGGUAAAGCUGUCGAGACAUCAAAAGAAGGUUCAACCGACUCCAAGGAAGAGGCUGUUCAAUCACCCGCUGAAACAGACACCCCGUCCAAGAAGGGCAAAGGCAUGUUUGGCAAAAAGUUCAACAUGUCAUUUAACAUGAAGAAGUUUAGCACCGGUACAGCCGUGCCCGAGCCUGCCAAGCCGGCCGUCGACGAAAAGGCAGAGGACAGCGAUUCGCACUCUACCAAGACUGAUGAAAAGACGUUUGAAGACAACUUUUUUGGUGUGAUACAGAAGAUCAGACAGAGCUAUGAGGAGCAACUGGCUGCAGGCGAGACACGGCUGGAUUCAGCCAUUGCACCGAGCUUGCCAAACGAAACACCUGUUCUGAAGCCACCUUCCAUGACGACUAUUCUUAUUCAAGAGGACCGUCCUGACUCGGGAGGUGUUGCAGAUUUGUUCGAGGGCAAAGUGGGUACAUUGGCAUCACAGGCUGAUUUGAUUGAAAAAGCCGCACCAAUGUGGUUGGCUGAAGUCUUACUACGGAACCAACUCCCACCCAAGGACAUUGUCAAAGUAUCCUUUGUCCUCGAGCCCUUUGCCAACGCCCUGCCAUCUAUUUCUGCCGACGGGUACAUUCCCUUUGCUCUCCCCUUUGAGACUGCGGCCCAGGCUAAUGCGACACUCAGCAACAAUCGCCUCAAUGCAAACCGCAUGCUGCGCGCCCGCAAGAUCCUCGGCUAUGUCGCUGAGCGCAUCGAGCCGCAGCCCAGCAAGGAGCAGCUCGAGAAGAUGAAGGCAGAUGGCGAGACGCCUAUGCGUCCCGAGGAGUAUCUGGAGCUGUAUUGUAAUGGACAGCUCAUCUCCCCCACAAUGACACUAGCCAGUAUCCGCGCCCACGUCUGGCGCGGAGGCGGCGACGUCAUUCUCUACUACAAGGCAAAUGGCCGCAAGGAAAUCAAGCCUUUCCCUCCUUAUCCCGGCCCCCAAUCCGGCACCGCUGCUCCUCCCAUCGGUUACGGACUUAGACCCGGUGUCGCGUCGUCGGCACCUGGAAGUAGUAAUGCUAGUGAAGGGAAACAGAGUAGUGAGGCGGAGAGGAGGAGUGCGACGGGUAGUAAUGCUGUGUUUGGGCCUUAA